CUUCCUAUCCAUCAUCAUCCCCCUGGUUAGAGAGAAACUACUCCUCCAUUAAUUCAACACCAUCAUUCCAGCUUUCCCAUUAUUUCUCUAUUGCUCUUAAUAUGCCAUGGCCAUGUGGGUUCUAUAGUCUUCUCUCUCUCGAUAUACAUAUAUAGCUUCCCCAUUCUUAAGCUUCACAUCUCACCCUAGCUUGGCUAAGCCGUGUCGGGCUUCUCCUGCUCAAUCAGUCAUCUUUGAUUUCCCAGCUUCGAUAUAGAUAUAUAGUCUUACCUAAACUGUCAUGGUUUCUACAGAUCAAACAGUCGUUGCUUGAAGAUCACAACUAGGUUUCCCCACUCCUAGCAUUUUCGCACACACGUAGAUAUAUAUCGAGCUCGGAAGAGAAAGUAGAUCAUUAUAAAUGGAGAACAACGCUAACAGUAUAGAGAUGGAUAAAGAGAGACUUACGGCCGAGAUGGACUUCAACAAGGACUCCUCCUCCGCCGUCAUUAGAAUCCGGCAGCGCUUGCCGGACUUUCUACAGUCCGUUAAGCUCAAGUAUGUCAAGCUUGGGUAUGGCUACUCAUGCAACCCAGCUACCAUUCUCUUGUUUCUUGUCAUCGCGCCUUUGUUCGCUUCCUUUCUCGUUCAGCUCACGGGUGUCGACAUAACCCGGUUCGUUGCCGAGGUCUGGACAAACCAGGCCGUCCGGCUCGAAAGCAUGGACGCCGCCACCCGGCUCGCCGGUUCGGGCCUCGUUCUCUUCUUCCUUGCCCUCUACUGGUCCAAGCGGUCUACCCCAAUUUACCUGGUCAACUUCUCGUGUUACAAACCUGACGAGGAAAGAAAAAUGUCGAUGGAGGCUUUUCUGAAAAUGACGGAAGAAACCGGCGCCUUCAGCCAGGAAUCCAUCGAGUUUCAGAGGAGGAUAUCAAACCGGUCAGGUUUAGGCGACGAGACAUACUUAACUCCGGCAAUCACAUCAAAACCACCAAAGCUGUCCGUCGACGAAGCCCGCGCCGAGGCAGAGUCUGCCAUGUUCGGCGCGCUCGACUCUUUGUUUAAAAAAACCGGCGUCAGAGCGAAAGACAUUGACAUUCUCAUCGUCAACUGCAGUCUCUUCAACCCAACUCCGUCGCUUUCCGCCAUGAUCGUCAACCACUACAAGCUCAAAACCGACAUCAAGAGCUUCAACCUCGGUGGAAUGGGCUGCAGCGCCGGCCUAAUCUCCAUCGACCUGGCCAAAGACUUGUUAAAGGCACUACCGAACUCCUACGCCGUAGUGGUCAGUUUCGAAAGCAUAACCCUCAACUGGUACUUCGGCAACGACAAGUCAAUGCUCCUCCCCAACUGCAUCUUCCGCUCCGGCGGCGCCGCCGUCCUCCUUUCCAACAAACCCAAAGACCGGUCACGUUCCAAGUACGAGCUCGUCCACACCGUCCGCACCCACAAGGGCUCCGACGAGCGGUCCUACCGCUGCGUCUACCAGCGCGAAGACGAAAAAGGAAAAGUCGGGGUUUCACUUGCGCGUGAGCUAAUGGCAGUCGCCGGCGACGCGCUGAAGACCAACAUCACAACACUUGGGCCUCUAGUCCUUCCGUUCUCCGAGCAGUUCUUUUUCUUCGUGACGCUAAUAAGGAAGAAGAUAUUGAAAGCCAAAGUGAAGCCCUACAUCCCGGACUUCAAGCUGGCCUUCGAGCACUUCUGUAUUCACGCCGGCGGGCGGGCUGUGCUGGACGAGAUACAGAAGAAUCUGGACCUGACGGAAAGGCACAUGGAGGCGUCGAGGAUGACGCUGCACCGGUUCGGGAACACGUCGAGUAGCUCGCUGUGGUAUGAGCUGGCGUAUGCGGAGGCGAAGGGGCGGGUCGGGCGCGGGGAUCGGAUCUGGCAGAUUGCAUUCGGGUCGGGUUUUAAGUGCAACAGCGCGGUUUGGCGGGCGAUCAGGCCAGUCGUUGAAGGGGACCCGAUGGGGAACCCGUGGAUGGAUUGCAUAGAUAGGUACCCGGUCAAGGUGCCAGUUGCGCUGUAGGGUAUCCACGUGGAGUUAUGUGAAUGGGGGAUAAUUGUUUAUCUACUCCCUGUGGAAUUAUUUGUGGCUAGGGAUUAUUCUGCAUUUUCUAUUUUGUUUAGAUGACAAGCAUUUGUAAUUUUAGUAAAAUGUCUGUGAAUGGGGGCAUUGACAUUAUACUGAACUUUUUCUUUACUAAAUAAU